GGAAGAUAGUGACAUUCCUUUUAUUUUCUAUCAUUAUAAUCAUGUCUUUUGAAAAUAGAUUACACAUCAUGCUCAUUUUGUUUAUUUCUAUCAUAGUUGAUAAUUCAAAUUUGGCGGGUUUCCUUCAUGUCAUGACCCGCCCCAUAUUCGGAUUAAGUAAACUAAAAAUGAUGUUCGGAAAACAGUAGUUUUGUAAGUUUCUCAUAUAUAAUUCUGAUUUGAGGUAAUAAAGGUGACUGUCAGCGAUAAAAGAAUAACUCCUCCAAAAUGUGGGGCAUUUUGCGUCACUUGAAAUCAUCAAAAAUUUGUGGAAAAACACUUCAAACAGGAACACGUGAUUUCUUGGAAAAAAUUCAGGCUUCACCGCUUCCAAGUGCCAAAUGUAUUGCAACUCAACCUCCGCAAGACACUGUAAUGAAUGUAUUUGAUCGCAAAACUAAACGCCUCCAAAAAAACUACAUGGCUAAACUGAAAGAUUAUCAAGUUUAUGACUACGUUCACGAAGAGGCUGGUUGGAGGCUUGCAGAUAGAGUAUGUGAUGUUAAAAGAAAGUUUGAAACUGUUGUGGAUCUAGGAUGUAGAAGGGGCCAUGUAUCGAAACAUAUCUAUGAUGAUAUGGCUGGCAAACUUUAUAUGUGUGACAUGGCAGAAAAAGUUUUGGAACAAGCAGUUUUACCAGAAACAGUCCCUGUAUCUAAAGUUAUAGUAGAUGAAGAAUUUAUUCCAUUUAAAGACAACUCUAUAGAUCUGUUUGUUAGUAGUUUAAGUCUUCAUUGGGUAAAUAACCUGCCAAGUACUUUUAAACAGGUGUUUAACUCCUUGAAACCAGAUGGAGCAUUCAUUGGUUGUAUGUUUGGAGGAGAAACACUUUUUGAGCUCAGAGUUGCCUUACAACUAACAGAAACUGAGCUAGAAGGGGGUUUUGCUCCCCAUGUUUCACCAUUCACCGAAGUGAGAGAUCUAGGGAAUCUGCUGAACAGAGCGGGCUACACAUUAUUAACUAUUGAUAUUGAUGAUAUGAUAAUCAACUAUCCAAGUAUGAUAGAACUUAUGGAAGACCUGAAAGGAAUGGGGGAAAGUAAUUGUGCUUGGAAAAGAAAGCUACACCUGAGAAGAUCAACUACAAAGGCAGCUGCGGAGAAAUAUAAAGAAAUGUAUGGCAAUGAAGAUGGAACAAUACCUGCUACAUACCAGAUGAUAUAUUUCAUUGGUUGGAAACCAGAUUCAUCUCAGAAACGGCCUGCAAAAAGAGGCUCUGGCCAAGUUUCAAUCAAAGACAUUGAUCAUCUUGAAGAUGUUACAAAGCAAGUGAGCAGUGAUAGAUACAAAACAGAGAACAUUGAUGAUAAAACAAAAGACAGUAUUAAAGUAUUACAUAAACAAGAUAAUGAUACUGAAAGAGAGAAAUGA